AUGAUUAAUGCUUUUAAACCAUAUGCCCCCAUAUUGUUUUCGACUCCUCAACCUAUUCUUACCCCAGAGUCUUUGAAUAGAGAUAUCAACCCUCGACCCAUUCACCUGCACAAUGAUUAUUGGCGUAAAAGUACCCAUGGCGGUGGAGCAUUUAUUGAAGCAGUCAAGCAUGGAGCAAUGAGUAUUGAAAGUGAUGUUUGGGUAUUUGACAAAACUUACACUGUUCUGAGAGUGGGGACCGACACUCCUACGACGUUACAAAAGAAUGAAGUUUAUGUUGGCCACAACCAUAUUUAUUUGAAGGAGGAUGAGACUUUGGAUUCCCUUUAUUUGCAGCCUAUGAUGGAAUUACUCGAUUAUGCCAAUCCAUCCAUCGAACCAAAGAUCAAUGACGAAAAGUAUGGCAUUUACUUCAAUUCUCCGGAAACCCCAACUUACUUCUGGAUGGAUUUCAAGACUGACGCUCAGUAUACCUAUGAGAUCAUUAAACCACAUUUUCAGGAAUUCAUAGAUAAGGGAUAUUUGGCUUAUUAUGACCACGAGGAGGAUAAAUUUGUUUCAGGUCCUAUAAUUGUGACAAUCACCGGGAACAUACCUGACAUCAAAGAUAAGAAGCAGUAUUUCUUUAUCGAUGGGCCCCUCCACAAGUUUGAAGACAUGUCACAUCAGGAAUUGAAGGAAUUGAGUAAAGUUUGCAAGGUUGCACUGGCAUCACAGAAACAAAUUGAUGAUCUACAUAAUGGCUUGUAUUCAACUAAACUAUUCACCCUAGCUCAUGAGUAUGGUAUGAAGACUAGAGUCUGGGGUGGACGCAGCUGGCCACGACUGGAAGCAGAAGCUGAUAAACUCCGCGGAUUCCAAUCAGGUUGUGACUUCAUUAAUUCAGACGAUUUGACUUUUGGUGGAUAA